CACUCCACUUGGGACAGAGCAUCGGGUCUUCGCCAUUUUCCCCCUUUCCCAAUCCCCCCGACCAUGUCUUCGGCGACGCAGCAGCAGCCGCCACCGGCGGCGCCGCCGUACCGGCCAUACCGGCAGGUGCGCGCGGCGACCCCGCACGCCCGCGCCAUCUCCUGCGUGCGCUUCUCCCCCUGCGGGCGCCUCCUAGCGACGGCCUCCCUCGACGGCACGGUCGCUCUCCUCUCCCCGUCCUCGCUCGCCGUCAUCGCCAACCUGCGCGGCCACACCCAGGGCGUCUCCGACCUGUCCUGGAGCACGGACUCGAAUUACCUCUGCUCCGCGUCCGACGACCGCACCCUCCGCAUCUGGGACAUCCGCUCCAUCCUCUCCGGCCCCAAGCCCGCCGACCCCAACGCCGAUCGCUGCAUCCGCGUGCUCAAGGGCCACGCCAACUUCGUCUUCAGUGCCAACUUCAAUCCGCAGACCAGCUCCCAGGUCGCCUCGGGCGGGUUCGACUGCACCGUGCGCAUCUGGGACGUCAGCAGCGGCCGCUGCAUCCGCACCAUCGACGCGCACUCUGAGCCCGUCACCUCCGUCCACUUCAUCCGGGACGGAUCGAUCAUUGUGUCGGGGAGCCAUGAUGGGAGCUGCAAGAUUUGGGAUGCGGGAACCGGCUCUUGUCUCAAGACAGUCAUUGACGACAAGAAGCCAGCGGUUUCCUGCUCAAUGUUCUCACCAAAUGGCAAGUUCAUCCUCGUCGCUACGCUCGAUGACUCACUGAAACUAUGCAACUAUGCUACUGGCAAGUUCUUGAAGGUAUAUAGUGGACAUGUGAACAGAGUAUACUGCAUCCAGUCUGCGUUUUCCGUCACGAACGGGAAGUACAUUGUUAGUGGGUCGGAAGAUAAAUGCGUAUACAUAUGGGACCUCCAAGGUAAAAACAUUCUUCAGAAAAUGGAAGGCCAUAGCGAUGCUGUCAUCUCGGUGUCAUGUCAUCCAACAGAGAACAAGAUUGCUUCUGGCAGCCUUGAUAAUGACAAGACUGUGAGACUCUGGGUCCAAGAUGGCUGAUGAAUAUGCAGAGGAGAGGAUAGGUAGACCUGUGUGUACUCUAUGUAGAACGAACCUACGCAGCAGCAAGUGGGAUCUCAAAGAGAAACUUGCUGCUGUGUUCCAUGGGCCGCUCCUGGUUGUAUGUCAACCUGGAGGUUUUACUUAACUUAGGCUUGCACUGCUUUGUUUUAAUACGAGUUGUUCCUCUUCGAGGUUCCAAGUCUCAACAGAUGAGUUGGUCUCCUAACGUUGAGAUGUGUUUGUUUGGUGCCCGACGGCUGCUGUAAGGUGCCAGAUUUGGACCUCUUUGUUCAUGAGAUUGCAGUGCGAUCGGCAGUUAAUAAAAGCAUUGCAAUGCUGGCAGUGUGUAGGGUUAAUGGAUAAACAUAUAUCAUCAGUAAGAUUCAGUAUGGUGACUGCACAUCAUGUAUAAAUGGAUACUGAUGUUUUGUUGA